AGAGGAUCUAAGAGACAGACAGAGGUGAUAGCAGUGGAAAUGAAGCAAUAGGUAAGAUGUUAAUGUAGAUUCUCUCCCUGUAUUAGCUGCUCCCACAGUGAAAUCUGCAACUUAGAAUGGGAUUAAUGAAACUCUGCAUGGCUGGGGGUGAUGGGAGCUGCAGUCCAAUAACAGCAGGUGGAUUAGCUCAUGAAAAACCGGCAUAUUUGGCUCUGGAUAGUCUCUUUCUAUGGGUUAUUUAAAAAAAAAAAAAGUUGUAAAAUUCAAGCUGAGCUGAUUUAAGAUCCUCUAAACUGAUUAACGUAGUACGUUCACUUAUUAAAAUGCUGUGUUUAUAUGUGCAUUUUACAAGUCUAAUCUCAACAUUUUUAUUUAAAAAACCGAAUGUUUCUAUAACUUUAGAAUUUUAGCAAAUGAAAUCCAAAUUCUAAAAUUCAGGCAAAGAAAGUGGUGCUCAAAGUAACCCUUUAAUUCUGCGCAAAAAUGACAUCUGUUGCAUGCACUGGCGACAAACGUACUGAGCUUCUACCCUUAAAGGCGCGCCAAAAGCUUUUCCUGUAAGGGGAAGCUUAGAUCUCCACUUCCUCUUUCAUUUGAGCCCUCCUUGCCUUCACAGCCUCUCUGUAUUCCUUAAUAAUCAUAGAUUUUUUUGUGUGUGAUACCCUCCCUUUCUUGAACACUCCUAAGGAACGUUUUUACAUUACCCCUUCAGGACGGGUGACGGACGAGGUCCGUCACACAGGGGAGACCCUUAACGACGGGUGACGGACCUCGUCCGUCACGCGGUAAAAUUAACCCCGGAUCGCCGCUAUCGCGGCGAUCGCGGGGUUAAUGGUGCUCCCGGUAUGCCUCCGCAUUGGAGGCAUACCGGGAGCACCCGGUCAAGCUGCCCAGCACAUGUGCUCGCUCUGACCACAAGUCGGAGCGAGCACAUGUGCUCUGAAUACUUACCUACCGGCUCCCUGCACUUCCGGGUUCUGUGUGAAGUGCAGGGAGCCGGAUCAGUGCUGAUCCUGCCCCCUGCUGUUAAAAAAAAUAAAGUUAAUUUAAAGUGUCCCCCCCCUUACCCAUUUUAAUAAAAAAUUAACCCCUUCCCUGCCAAUUGAUCACUGACUACAGUGAUCAAUUGGCAGGGAUUACAUUUUACUAUGAUCUGAUUUUUUUUUUAACCCCUGAGGGUUAAUUCUUUUUUUUUUAACCCUCAGGGGUUAAAUUAAUUAAAUUAAUUAAUUAAAUUAUUUUUAAAUUAUAUAUUUAGAUAGCUGGGGUAGGUGGAAGUUAGUGGGGAAUUGGGGGAUUUGGCGUUAGGCUAACUAGGGGUUAACGUUAAAAAAAAGUUUUAAAAGAAACUUUAAAAAGUUAAAAAUUAAGCUUAAAAAAUGUUUUAAUAACAUUUAAGUAAUAAAAACAAAAAAACACACUUUACCUAGUCCAAAUAAAAAUUAACCCCUUCCCUGCCAGUCGAUCACUGCCUACAGCGAUCAAAUAGAGAUCACAGUAUUAUACUGUGAUCUAAUUUUUUUUAACCCCUGAGGAUUAACUUUUAUUUAUUUUUUUUAACCCUCAGGGGUUCAAUUUAUUUAAUUAAUUAAUUUAAAUAUUUUAUAACUAUAUAUUUUGCUAGCUGGGGUGGGUGGGAGUUAUGGGAAAAUGGGGAAUUUACUGUUAGUGCUGCGUACUGCUAGUUAGGGGUUAACAGUAAAAAAAAUAGCUUAGAAAAAUGUUAAAUCUGUAAAAAAGUUUUAAGAAAGUUUAGGAAAGUUUAAAAAAAAUUUAUAAGCAAAACAAAAGUUUAAAAACUAGUUUUUAAAAGUAAAAAAGUUAUAAAAAGUAAAAAAAUACAUUUUAAAAACGCUCAUUACCACUACACCUGGAACAAACUAGAGAAAAAAUUAUCCCACGCCAAGGUUCAAAAUAUGCCUUUUGAAUUACCCCAGGGUGUAUUCUUUAAUAAAUAGUAUGUGUUUGUGGGGAAGUUUCAAUAACCAACCGUCUAAACUAUUCCAAAUUGGAACAUGGACACAGCGUAAAACUUCAAAGUUAGAAAAAAACUGAAUGGCUGCGUCUCAAAUGCGCCCCUUCAACAUCCACAUAUACCUGGCAAAGGUACAUACGGGGGUAUUGCUGUACUCAGCCGACAUAGCUGAGCAACAUAUGAAGUAUUAUACAGUCAUAGUACACAUAAGGUUUGCAAAAUAUGCUGCGCAAACUCACUUUGUAUGUCAAAAAGGCAGAAAAAAUGCUUAUUACCACUACACUUGGUACAAGCUAGCGGAAAAAUGAUCCCACACUAAGGUUCAAAAUAUGCCUUUUGAAAUACCCUGGGAUGUCUUCUUUAAGAAAUGGUAUGGCUUUAUGGGGAAUUUGGAUUAUAUAGCCUGGUAAAAUACUCUAAAAUGGGACAUAGGCACAGCAUAAAAAUUCAAAGUUUGAAAAAACUGGAAUGGCUGUGUCCCAAAUGUGCCCCUCCGAUGUCCACACAUACCUGGCAAAGGUACAUAUGGGGGUAUUGCUGUACUCAGCCGACAUAGCUGAGCAACAUAUGAAGUAUUAUACAGUCGUAGCACACAUAAGGUUUGCAAAAUAUACUGUGCAAACUCACUUUGUAUGUCAAAAAGGCAGAAAAAAUGCUUAUUACCACUACACUUGGUACAAGCUAGCGGAAAAAUGAUCCCACGCUGAGGUUCAAAAUAUGCCUUUUGAAAUACCCUGGGAUGUCUUCUUUAAGAAAUGGUAUGGCUUUAUGGGGAAUUUGGAUUAUAUAGCCUGGUAAAAUACUCUAAAAUGGGACAUAGGCACAGCAUAAAAAUUCAAAGUUUGAAAAAAACUGGAAUGGCUGUGUCCCAAAUGUGCCCCUCCGAUGUCCACACAUACCUGGCAAAGGUACAUACGGGGUAUUGCUGUACUCAGCCGACAUAGCUGAGCAACAUAUGAAGUAUUAUACAGUCGUAGCACACAUAAGGUUUGCAAAAUAUACUGUGCAAACUCACUUUGUAUGUCAAAAAGGCAGAAAAAUGCUUAUUACCACUACAUCUGGUACAAGCUAGCGGAAAAAUGAUCCCACGCUAAGGUUCAAACUAUACCUUUUGAAACACCCUGGGGUGUCUACUUUAAGAAAUGGUAGGCCUUUGUGGGGUAGUUUGAAUUUAAAACCUGCGAAGAUGCUUGGAAAUUGCACAUAGGCCCAGCGUCAAAAUUCAAAGUUUGGUAAAAACGGAUAUGGCUUGGUCUCCUAUAUGGCACUGUAGCUUCACAAAAUAGUGACAAAGACAUUCAUUGGGGGUGUAUUUUUACUCAAAAGACUUAGCUGAGCAUAAUUUGGGAGGUUUGAACUUAGUGGCACAUAUGAAAUAUACAAAACGCCCAGCAAAAAUGCAAUCCGUAUGUAAAAAAUGCACAAAAUAAUUUUUUUACCACAUACUUUGGCAUAUAUUGGUGAAAAAAUGGGGGUAUGUUAAGGCACAAUAUGCACCUUAUGAGAUACCCUGGAGUGUCUACUUUUACAAAUGGUAGGCCUUUGUGGGGGUUUUUUGAACAGUCAAACUGUUAUAAUACCCCAAAUGGAAGCUAAGGCUCAUUAAAUCCGUCUCUCAAAAUUCUACUGUGAAUACUGUAAAGGACAGGUCUCCUAUAUGGCACUGUAGCUUCACGAAAUAGUGCCAAAGACAUUCAUAUGGGGUGUCAUUUUACUCAGAAGACUUAGCUGAGCAUAAUUUGGGGGUUUGAACUUAGUGGCACAUAUGAAAUAUACAAAACGCCCAGCAAAAAUGCAAUCCGUAUGUAAAAAAUGCACAAAAUUUUUUUUACCACAUACUUUGGCAUAUAUUGGUGAAAAAAUGGGGGCAUGUUAAGGCACAAUAUGCACCUUAUAAGAUACCCUGGAGUGUCUACUUUUACAAAUGGUAGGCCUUUGUGGGGGUUUUUGAACAGUCAAACUGUUAUAAUACCCCAAAUGGAAGCUAAGGCUCAUUAAAUCCGUCUCUCAAAAUUCUACUGUGAAUACUGUAAAGGACAGGUCUCCUAUAUGGCACUGUAGCUUCACGAAAUAGUGCCAAAGACAUUCAUAUGGGGUGUCAUUUUACUCAGAAGACUUAGCUGAGCAUAAUUUGGGGGUUUGAACUUAGUGGCACAUAUGAAAUAUACAAAACGCCCAGCAAAAAUGCAAUCCGUAUGUAAAAAAUGCACAAAAUUUUUUUUUACCAUAUACUUUGGCAUAUAUUGGUGAAAAAAUGGGGGCAUGUUAAGGCACAAUAUGCACCUUAUAAGAUACCCUGGAGUGUCUACUUUUACAAAUGGUAGGCCUUUGUGGGGGUUUUUUGAACAGUCAAACUGUUAUAAUACCCCAAAUGGAAGCUAAGGCUCAUUAAAUUCAUCUCUCAAAAUUCUACUGUGAAUACUGAAAAGGACAGGUAUCCUGUAUGGCACUGUAACUUCACGAAAUAGUGCAAAAGACAUACAAUGGGGGUGUCAUUUUACUCAGCAGAUAUAACUGAACACAAAAUAAAACUUUGUACAGGAAUAGCACACACCAACUUUACAAAAUAUACACGAGAAUUUCUCUGUUAUAAGUUUGUGUGCCAAAAACCAAAAAGAACACAAUUUUACUCCAAUAUUUAGCAGAGGUUGGCGGUGAAAUGGCUACGUAGAAAGUGUCAAAACAACCUUAGGUAAAUAGCCCGUGAUGUCUACUUUAUAUAAAUAUAUACUUUUGUGUGGCAAUUUUGUUUUCUUUUAUGGCUAUUAAGCUUACAAGACAAACAUACCAAAUUCUAAAAUCGCUCCACAUUAAAAUUUUAUUUUACUCCUUGUGCUUUGUGACCUGUAACUACCAAAAAAAACUUAAAAUCCCAGACACAUUAUAUAUUCUGUAAAUCAGAACAAAUAAAUAAAUUUAUUUUUAAUUACUUUCCUUAACCUGCACUAAUUAUGCACACAUUAUUAUUGCAAAAACUGUAAAAAAAACCAAUAUUUUUCAUUUUUUUUGCAUUUUUCUGUAUUUUUUUUAUAAUAAGUAAGCAUUUAUAUAUAUAUAUGUUAUAUCAAAUUAAAGCCCUUUCUGUCCUUUAAAAACAGUAUAUAAUAUGUGUCGGUGCAAUAAAUGAGAGAGAUGCAAAUUGCAGUUGAACGCAAACAGCAAGAAAAUGCAAAAAUUGCUUGUGUCAUUAAGCGUAAGUCAAGCUUCUGAAGCUGUGUCCUUAAGGGGUUAAUAAUCAUAGAUUUUUUUGUGUGUGAUACCCUCCCUUUCUUGAACACUCCUAAGGAACGUUUUUACAUUAUUCACAAGGUUUGCGGUUGCAAUCUGGGGUGUUCGUACUUAGUAGGGCCCAGUAAAAUUAGUAUAAAAUGGUUAUAGUGACCCUUUUAAUUAUACAUUCUGACAGCUUGCAAAUUGCUUUGCUGUGCAUGUUGGGAAUUGAGUUAGCUAAUCAGAAAUAGUUCUUUAGAGCAGUAGUUUCAUCACAGCACAUCAACAGGGUUAUUCACUCAAGUGAGAAUUGUCAGAAAUUAAGAGUGAAUUCCAAAUUUAAGGCCAAAGUAGUCAAAUACAGCAUAUCAACCAUGCUCUCGGUUCACCUACUUUGGCCUUGAAUUUGAAAUUCUCUUUGAAUUCUCAGUUUAGUAAACAGCCCUGCAAUAGUUCACAUUUUGUCAGGAGAUGCACUCGAAUUUACCAAUUGGUAAAUGUCUAAAUACAGUGUAUAAAUAUAGGUGUGCUUUGGUGACUAGCUUGGAAAUCCCUGCCUUAGACAUUAUUCCUUGAUUAAUUAAGAGACACUCCCAGACUAUUCAUUGUCAUACAUUAGUUUGAUAAUGCAAUAAUCUAAUAUUAGCACUAACAAGAAAUUCUAAACAAGAAAACCCUAGUACUUACGAUUUAAUGUUCCUGCAUUUGUUGCAAAUCUUCAGGCUUUGCAGCUUCUCCAGUGAACUUUGCUCAGACUACCAACCAACUCAGCCAGUCGUGAUGUCCCUUUAACCCCGAGAUACCUGGUUUUAUCCCAUAAACUGUAUACUGUCACUGGGGGUUCCGGACCGUGUAGUCCAAAUAACAGAUUUCUAAUGGAACAACAACACAACAUCCCAGAAACCUUUGCUCUGCAGGAUAACACAGCUGUGUAUAAUGAGUUAACUACAUCUCUGUAAUUAGAGCAAAAAAAAAAAGGAUUUCUGGCAUAAAAGGGACUUAUUGAAAAAAAAUAUUAUUUAAAAAAAAAUUUACUUAGCAUAAUGCUGCUCUAGAAGCAUUAGCAGUGACUCAGUGAGGCAAGGCGGGGAGAUUAAAGAGGUGUAUGGCAAUCUGAAUUGUUCUCUGAAUAAAAAUGGCAUUGUAUUUAUUUAUUCCCCUAUUGGUACAGUGCUGCAGGCUAUGCUUACUCUAACAGGGUUAUUCCCUAAGUGAAAAUUCCAAGCGUAUUUCAAAUUUAAGAUCAAAAUAGCCGAACUGGAAAAAUCCACCAAAUCAGCUAUGCUCAGUUUGGAUGCUUUGGCCUAAAAUUUGAAAUUCACUUUGAAUUCUCACUUUGGUAAAUAACCCAGUAAAUGGAGAAUUACAAGUGAAUUUCAGAUGUAAGGCCAGCAUAGCUAACUUAGAGAAUUUUAUUCAGUUUGCCUAUUUUGACUUUAAGUUUAAAAUCCACUUUAAAAUCUCAAAAAAAAAACCUGGUGUAACUAACUGUAACCUAACAUUGCAUCAAACCAUAUGUGGGUGGCUGUAGUAUCCCUUUAAAGGGACAAUCUAAGAACCAUAAACACUACAUGUUCCGGGGAGUAUAGUCAAUCUCUGCAUUCUCUGAGACAAAGUCAGUGUUGUCCAUGCUUCCUAAGGCCACCUCCGAGUGACCAUCACUAGAGGGGCUUCCUGGUCUGGUCCUGCAAUGUUUGCAGAGCCGAUAUACAGCGUCUCCAAGCUCUGCAUGGAGGUGCCAAACGGUCCCCAUAGAGAUGCAUUCAGUUGGAGAUUACCGAGCAUGUGCACCAACCCCCAAAACGUCCCCAUAAGGAAGCAUUUAAUUAACUGGCAUCAUCAGUAACGAUGAUCUCAGCCAGAGAAGGAGGUAUGGUCUCAGCAAUAAUGGCACGCCGGGAGAAUAAUGGUAAGUAAAACUCUUCAUAUUACUACUUUUUAUAUUACUACAAAUCUAAAAAGCCUCUAUUUCGCUCUAACAUUAUGAAUACAUGUUCGUAUUCUUAUUGUUAGAAUGUUCCUUUAAAUGGCAGCAGUUGAUAUAAUUUCACAGUAGUUGUUUUUCUCAAUAUUGGCUUUAUAUACAAUAAGAAUCCUGCCAGCACCACUAAAGAACAAUAAGUAGUGCUUAAAGGAUCAGGAUAGAAAUAUAAUAUGAGGUUUAGUUUUGCACUUUUUUAUGAAUAAUUUGGGUAGAAUUCCUUACAGUUUAACAUGGUGAUAGUUUAGAUUUUUUUUACCCAAUUCUCUCUCUCUCCCCCAGAUCACUUGAGGACAUUAGCGUUUUUUGUCAUGACGACUCCUAGAGUGGGCUCGGCCACAUGGCAGGACGCCUCUUAUCGAACAAUAAAUGUGGCUCAUGCCCUUCAUAGGCGUCCAUUUACUGCUAUUGGUAACAGGCAAAAGUUGAAAAGUGCAGAGUUUGAAUCCAGGAGCACCUCGAGACAAUGCAUAGCACCUCCACCAUUCCACAGAGACUUAAUGGCACAGACAUGCAAUGCUGUCGCACUGACCUACAUGAGAGAUGCGCGAGCUUCAAUGUAUCGUCUGAGAGCAGCCCUUCUUGAGACCAACCGCCAUAUUCAAAGACUGCACAAAGAGAGAGAUAUAUUGGAGAAAGCUCAUGCUAAUGUGAGGAAAGACAUCGUCACCAAUCAAGAAACAGUUCAGAUCCGGAAUUUAAGGCCAAAGAGUGAGAAGGUGAGAAGUUUCUCAAGUGUUUUCGUUGGGUGUCUGUGGGCAAACAAAAGUGUUUACAUCUCACAGGGUUUUUCAAUAAAGUGAGAAUUGUUGGGAAUUCAAAGUGAAUUUGAAGGCCAACGUAACCGAAGUUAAAGCAUAGCUGGCCUGGGAAAUUUUUCAAGUUCAGCUAUAUUGGCCUUAAAUUUUAAAUUCCCUUAAAAUUGCGGACAAUUCUUACUUUAGUGAGUAACCCUCACAGUUGUCCAGAGGGCCUAUUUGUUCAUACUUUCUUGUCAUGUCCUCUCUACACUUAAUUAUAAUAUCUACAUUUACUAGGGUAUGUGCGGAGUACAAAGAGAUGGGAUAUAAAGCGAAAAAUGUGGCAUUCUAGGCUAGAGUCUUUAUUAUGAAACUUUUUAUUCCAUCAGCUUAAUUGAUCAGUAGAAUAAUGACUUCUCUAGCCUAACACAAUUUAGUAAAUGGAUACAAGGAAAGGUGGUUUUGCGCACAAUGGAUGCUUGAUGGGAUAAUCUGCAAUAUAGACAGCUAUCAUAGGGCAAUAUGCAUAAACCAAUAACUGGUAUAGAAAAUAAUUAGGAGCACUCACACUUUAGAGAGCCAUAUGAGUCGGCUCUCUACUGUAAUAGCAUGUAGAAUACUCUGUAGUUGGAAUGGUCCCCCAGGAACUCAAGUCUGGAUACAAUCAGGAACCAAAAAAUAAAACUUAAAUAAAAUGUUUUAUUUUGAAAUAAAAAACUGGAUAAGCACAACGCGUUUCGACCAUUAAAAGAGGUUUUCCUCAGGUGCAAUGAUAAAACAAACAUUCAGUAUACUUUUAUACCUAAAUAAAUUACAAAAUAGCACACACAUGUAAAGAAAUUACAAACCACACCCACCCAGACCCAUAUAUGGGAAUUCCGGUUCCCGUUCCCCUCCCAAUAUGGAGUCCUUGCAUUAUAAGUUCAUACAGGAUGACCUUUUCAAGAUGGUAGCUUGGUUUGGAUGUUUGCCGUCCUGUUUCGUGACUUCCGGUAUUUUGCUGGAACGUCACUUCCGUUUUCGUCACUUCCGGUUCGCGGCAUAUCUAUUAUUAACUUCCGGUUCGCGGUUUAUUUUCGUUUUUGGCAAUAUUAGGAGAAAUAUCACUUCCGGGUUCAUCACACAGGGGGAGGAGUGACCAGCCUCCCUCUGAUUAGCAUGAAGAACCACUCCUCAAAGUCCAUAUACAUUAGUCCCAUAAUGCACAAAACAGAGAGAGAGUAAAACAAGGGUAAAUUAAUAUAUAUUUACAAAAAACAAUAAAUAGAAUACCAAUAAAAAAAUUCAUUAAUAAAAGUCUUUCAUUAUGUUUUACCAGGGAAAGAGAUGAAUAAUAUAAAACAUAUAUAUAUAUAAAAGAGUACAUAAUAUAUAAUGAAUAACGCAUAAUAUUAAUAAAAACCUCAAAAAUGAUUUAAAAAAAGAGCACAAAAUAUGAUUAUAAAAUAGGACCAAUAUCAAAAUCUAAAUUUAACCACUUAGGAUAAACUGUCUGUAGAUGAAAAAUCCAGGUACUUUCAUUUCUGCUCAAGUUAAGGGCACUGUCUCCGCCUCUCCAGUUACUGGCAACUUUUUGAAUGCCCAUAAAUUCUAAAUCUCUAGGGUUAGAUUGAUGCAUUUCUAGAAAAUGUUUAGAAACACUGUGGUUUGGAAAGCCUUUUCUUAUAUUUAUAAUAUGUUCAUUUAUACGUAUUUUUAAAGAUCUUGAGGUUUUACCUACAUACUGCAAACCACAUUUACAGUUUAAGAGAUAAAUUACGUUUUUCGAUUCACACGAGAUAAAAGAGGAUAAGGAAUAUUGUUUAUUGGUUAUAGAUGAUAUAAAUGUAUCUUUCUUUUUUUUUUAAAACAGAAGUAUUUUUGCAGGCGUUACAAUACCCACAAUGAAAGAAACCUUUUUGUGUUUUAGACCAAUCAUCCAAAAAUGUGGAUUUUUCUUCUUCACGUAUAUGGUUAGAUGUAAGGAUUUGCUUCAAAUUCCUUGCACCCCUAAAAAUAAACUUGGGUGUUUCUCCUAAGAAUUCCUUGAUAUCAUGCUCUUGUUGUAGAAUAUGCCAAUUUUUGUUAAUAGUCUUUUUAAGAAUUCCUGUAUUACUGGAAUAAUUAAAGAUAAAAGGGAUUUGACUUGUUUUUGGUUUCUCCUGUUUAUCUUUAUACUUCAGUAAAUCAGAUCUUGUGAUAGCAUCAACCGUUCUGAAAUUCUGCAGAAGUAUAUCCUCUUUAUACCCUUUUUGUAUAAACUGUUGUUUUAAAAUCUCUGAUUGUUCAUUAAAAUGCCCUUUUGGUAUAUUGCUCAGCCAGGGAUCAUAAUGACAACUGUUAAUCUCUAUAAAACUAUUUUCUAUAAAACGAAAAUAAACCGCGAACCGGAAGUUAAUAAUAGAUAUGCCGCGAACCGGAAGUGACGAAAACGGAAGUGACGUUCCAGCAAAAUACCGGAAGUCACGAAACAGGACGGCAAACAUCCAAACCAAGCUACCAUCUUGAAAAGGUCAUCCUGUAUGAACUUAUAAUGCAAGGACUCCAUAUUGGGAGGGGAACGGGAACCGGAAUUCCCAUAUAUGGGUCUGGGUGGGUGUGGUUUGUAAUUUCUUUACAUGUGUGUGCUAUUUUGUAAUUUAUUUAGGUAUAAAAGUAUACUGAAUGUUUGUUUUAUCAUUGCACCUGAGGAAAACCUCUUUUAAUGGUCGAAACGCGUUGUGCUUAUCCAGUUUUUUAUUUCAAAAUAAAACAUUUUAUUUAAGUUUUAUUUUUUGGUUCCUGAUUGUAUCCAGACUUGAGUUCCUGGGGGACCAUUCCAACUACAGAGUAUUCUACAUACUACUACAGUAGAGAGCCGACUCAUAUGGCUCUCUAAAGUGUGAGUGCUCCUAAUUAUUUUCUAUAUUGUCUAUGAUAGCUGUCUAUAUUGCAGAUUAUCCCAUCAAGCAUCCAUUGUGUGCGCAAAACCACCUUUCCUUGUAUCCAUUUAUAUUAAUGUAAGUGUUUUAAGGUGACUAAAACACUGGUUUGGUUUUAGACGCACUGGGAUUUGUUUAUUUAUUUAUUUAUUUUGGUUGAGCGUCACUUAUCCUACUGUUUGUGUUUGUACAAUUUAGUAAAUACCUUCUUUAGGGUAUCUGUUUUUUGUCUCUUAUUUUAUCUCUCUCAAUCUCUCUGCAGUACCCAGAUAAAGUUGAUACUUCUCUACGAGAGGAGCAAAAAAGCCUUUUAGAUGAGAAAAAACAUUCAGAGAAUCAGCUGCAUGAAGUCUCACGACAACUUAAGGUCAGAAUUGUCUAGAACAUGUGAGAAUGAACAUUUAUCUUAAUUUGAGUGUACAACUGUGUUGUUGCAUUUUAUCGGUCAAUGUGUUUCUCCCCUCCCCCCAGGCUCUGUAUGUUAACCGCCAGAAACUAUCUGAGUUUUGUAAAGAAAGGAGUCGAGUACUAGAUCUUGUUGGCGAGACAUCCAAACCACCGGCUGUGGGACAAGAGAUGCCUGAGAACAACAAUCACCUCUGGCAAGACAAGACAGGUACUCGAACAUCUCAAGCUACGGAAUAUUGGGGCACACAUUUAGACAAAGGCUCUCCUGUAUAAUGAAAGCUCACUGUUAUCACAAUGUUCUGCUAUAUAACACUCUAAGGAAUCGAUCUGUACAUUCAUCAAUCUGUGUUAUUGUCCACACUAGCCAUUGGCAAGUCAAAAUUCAGCCCUGGUGAGUGUGCCAUGGUUUGCAGCAGAAAGUAACUUUAAAGAGACACUCCAGUGCCAGGAAAACAAAUUGUUUUCCUGGCACUGCAGGUCCCCUCUUCCUCCCACCCCCCAUCCCAUGUUGCUGAAGGGGUGAAAACCGCUUCAGUGACUUACCUGAGACCACCACCGAUGUCCCUCGGCAGUGGUUUAGGGUCCGCCCACGCUCCUCCCCCGCCGACGUCAGCCAGUAGACAGCCACUAGAGGAAAAGGAGUUAACCCUGCAAGGUAAUUAUUGCAGUUUAUAAAAACUGCAAUAAUUACACUUACAGGGUUAAGGGUAGUGGGAGUUGGCACCCAGACCACUCCAAUGGGCAGAAGUGGUCUGGGUGCCUGGAGUGUCCCUUUAAGGCCUCUUUAGUAACGUAGCCUUGAUAAUUAUAAUAUUACACAAUGCAACCAGGUGUACUUGUAUCUCUGCAUAAAUCACAAUGCACAGAAUGCAACCAGGUGUACUUGUAUCUCUGCAUAAAUCACAAUGCACAGAAUGCAACCAGGUGUACUUGUAUCUCUGCAUAAAUCACAAUGCACAGAAUGCAACCAGGUGUACUUGUAUCUCUGCAUAAAUCAUAAUGCACAGAAUGCAAUCUAUUUGGCCAUGUGUUCUACAUUGUGGGCACAAAUGCAUGUUUGCAGACCAGGAAAGAAAUUGUGCCAAAAAUGGCAAGGUCCCCUUCAUAUAAGUUUGCUUUUUUAUUUUUUUUAUUUUAUUUUUUUAAUAAUGGAGCCAUUGCUAAAGGCUCUUGGUAAGACUUAAUCAAAAAUACUAAGACAAGAUGCAACAGGAAAUGAUAAAACCACUCUGACAAGACAACACUAGUAGCAUUAAUAAUUAUUCCGCUAGAGCAAUGAACAGAUUAUAUGUUUAUGUACAUUCAGUUUAAUAUGAAACAUAUCUAAUUACCUUUUACUGUUUAUUUUGAUGUCUAUACUGUAGAAUUACUCACUGCUAUCCCACAAUGACUCGAUCUGCUAAAUCAUGGUCACUCUCACCAUAGGUGUUGAUUAAAGAGAGCUUUGGGGGUAUAAUCCCAAGAUGUGGGGCUCUUUAGUCCCAGAUCUCUACAGUUGAUACUGGAGACAGAAAAAAUAUGUGUUUUUAUUUAUUUUUAAUUCUAAUUCAUUAUUUGAGAAGCAGUUGAAUAUGACAAAAAUAAAUAUCAGUAGUAUAAUUCUUCAUGCCCCCCAGGUGACAGUCGUGAGGGGUACUGGGGAAAAUAACUUUACUACACACUCCUCUUUUAGGUAGUGUGACAUGCCAUUCAUAAACAGUAGGGGCCAUAAUAUAGAACGGCAGAUACAUGUCAUGAUAGUGUAGGGGUCACCAAGAUUUCCUUUGGGCUCACGCUAUAGGUGUUUCUGGAACCUAGCAACACGCCUGACUCUCACUGCGUUAUCUCAAUGUUGCUGCUAUAUUUUAGUGGAUAACUGUUAUAUUGUCAUGGCUUUCUGCUAAAUAUUGAUUUCUAUGAAUUUAAAUGACUCCUCUCUUGCUAUAAUGUGACAGCAUUCAGUUAGAACAUGAUCACUUAUUGCUCUUCCAUGAUGAAGAUUCUUCUUACUAAGCAAUAAUAACUCGCUGCUGUUUCUUUUUUUUUUUGUUGCAAUUUUUAUGGUUUUACAAUGUGUACAGAUUUACAUUCCAACAUGGUACAUUGGUUAGAGUAAGCGUUACAAUAUGCACAUGCUAUCAGUUCACAUUUUUGAGAUGAAAGAUUAUUAAGUUACACCAUACUUUGUUACAUCAUACAUAUUAUAAUUCUUUCAGCUCUUUAUUCCAGAUGAGCUCUAGUGGUUGUGCUGUUUGUGCUGGUUUCUGGUCUUAACUUAGAAAUGUACUGUACGUUCUUAAUGGUGGUUGGGAUUGGUAUGGGGGGAGGUAGAACCAGGAUACUGUUCCCCAAAGAACUGGGGAGUGGGGGGGGAUGUAGGGAAGAGGUUCGACCUUUGUUGCCUCUACCCAUUUUAUAUGUGUUAUCUCAUUUUGUGUCAUUUAUCUUGGUGCAUCAUUUGUGGUUUUCCAUGACACUACCAUUCGUUAUUGUUCAUUAUUGUUCAUUGUCGUUGGAGCCUUUGCUCUGUAUUAGUGGGUUUGUGGCGUGUGUUGGUGCCUGUUCCACCUUUCCCACGCCACCCUCCAGUAUGCCUGUGGGGGUCUAUGCGCUCUAGCCACCAUUUCAUACUUUUUUGUAUCUUCAAUUUGUUGAAUGCAUUCAUUUAUGUGCGGAGGUUUUGUUUGCAACCAUUUUCUGCUUAUAAUUGUGAGUGUGGUAGAAGUAAUGUGAUAUAUUAAGUAUCUGUCAGCUUUGUUAAUGCUAGUUGGUAGGCACUGGAGGAUGUAGUGUUCAGGUGCUUGUGGUAGGUUAGUCUUGGUCACCUUUUGUAUUAGGGAGUCUGUCCACAUUUUCCCCAGAUCUGGGCAUGUCCACCACAUGUGCAGCAUUGUCCCUGGGUGUUUGUUGCUUCUCCAACAAAUCCCUGAAUGUGCCGGUGUAAUAUGUUUCAUUCGUGUAGGUCGCUGCUGUUUCUUGAUAAUUCUAUGCUAUUCCUUGAUGAUGUGAACCGUGUGUUAAUGACUGAUCUUAUUCUGUUUCUGAUGCCACAUGUUAGCCUACUGGGCUGUAAUCAACCAGGCACAGGCAACUUGUAAGAUGUUCCGAAACACACAACCCCCAAACUGGCAGAAACAAGCAGACCUGCGAGAAAUGAAAGAGGGCAUCACAGGGGCACUUCGCACGAAGGCUAGCGAGAGUUCUCGUAUCCGGGUAACAACAUGUGUGCAACCAGUUAAAUGCUAAACACAGCUUUUGGCAUAGAGCAUGUGAUUAUACUGUGUGUUCUCUGCGGCAGGAGGACCUGACCCUCACAUUGGGAGACUCAAGAAACUUUAUCCAGAAAGAGCAAAGGAUUCAUGAUGAGGUAGAGCAGAGCUACAACCUUCAGCUGGUGCGUAUACACUGCGAUUCUGUGUGUUUUAUACUACUUUUAUUUUAAAGAUGACCUGUCUUCUACACAUUGGGUGGGUAAUUUUAGGGAAAUAUAUUUAUAUAUAUGUAUGUAUGUAUAUAUGUAUAUAUAUUAAAGGAUCACUAUAGGGUCAGGAACACAAACAUGUAUUCCUGAUCCUAUAAUGUUAAAACCACCAUCUAGCCCCCCUUGGCCCCUCAUGCCUCCAUAAAUAUAGUAAACUCUCACUGUAUUCAAGCCUGAAGCUGUAAAUCUGCAUGCUGUUAGACUUAGAAAAACAAGCAGUCUGCUGACAUCAGCAGAAGUGGUGGCCUGAUCCAAUCACAAUGCUUCCCCACAGGAUUGGCUGAGACUGACAAAGAGGCAGAUCAGGGGCAGAGCCAGCAUGAUUCAAACACAGCCCUGGCCAAUCAGCAUCUCCUCGUAGAGAUGAAUUGAAUCAAUGAAGGAGAUACUGAAUGUUUGGAAGGAUCUUUAACAGCCAUCUAAGGAGUGGCCAGUGGAGUUAUCACUAGGCUGUAAUGUAAACACUGCAUUUUCUCUGAAAAGACAGUGUUUACAGCAAAAAGCCUGAAGGUAAUGAUUUUACUCACCAGAACAAACACAAUAAGCUGUAGUUGUUCUGGUCACUAUAGUGUCCCUUUAAAUGAAAAUGUGUAUGUUGCCUAUAAUUUUCUUCAUGCUCUGUAAAUAAAGCGGUGGCAUUGGAUGUAUGUACAUAACCGGAUCUUUUAAUGCGGAAUGGCAUUGUGGAAUACAGCAAUCGGCAUAAAAGAAAUGGGUGCACAAACAUACUCUGCUUAGGCUGCAUUUGGAGGUCUGUCUAAAGCAAUAUAUAUAUAAUCUAUGCUUUAUCAGUAGCAGUUGUAGAGUUCCAUUUUCCAAGCAUGGAAUGGGUGUCCUUGCUUAUUUGUGUACUUUUAGGGUAUGUCCAUGUGUACACAGUAAUCCAUAUGUGAACACCUUGGUCACUGGGCAGAAUACAUUACCCCCUGUCCGUGAUGAUGCUUGUAAGAGGCUAAAACAAUUAUGUGGAUUGUAGUGGGUUGUUGUAUCUCUAAUGUGGAGGGGAACAUGCCUGGGAUAUCUGUUCCUGGCUGCCUCUAUGGGGAAAACCGGACUAAUAUGCCAAUAGUAUAUGCUCCUUCCAUAAUGGUACAGUGAGUUCGAAAAUACUAUUUCAGAAGAAACUACUCAUAGGAGAAGCUCUUAAACAUGUGUCUUUUCUUGGAUGCUCAAUGCCCGACUGAAUUAAAACCAUUAGAUUCAGUGUGUGAAUUCCAUUAAACUUCGAGGAAUAUGAAUAUGCCGGUUGUAGGUCCAUUUUACAGUGACAACAGUUUGUAGAAUUUCUACAAAUCUGGCAGAACUCAGAAACUCAGGCAACUGUAAGCUGAUGUUAAGUUACGAAAGUUGCACCACGAUUCAUAUUUGAGAUUCCUAAAAGGUGAUUAUUGUUGGAUCUUUGUCUCGCAGAUCACAGCUUUGCAUUUAGCUAGGGAUUUUGUGAAUACAUUUUUAUCAUCAUAAUGACAAAUAUAUUAUAUCGAAUUUUACAGGGUCCUUUGGCUAGCACAGAUCUUACGUUACGGGAAAGUCUGACUCGUCCACUGGUAAAAAUACUUCAGAGACAUCCAGUGACCCAGUUGCCUGAGAGCACAUACACUGCAGAGGUGAGACAGUAGAUGUGGAAUAAAACAAGUCAUGUGGCAUCUCGGGACAGAGAAAGUGACUAGUACAUUGAUGUCCAAAUUUGGCUCUUCAGCUGUUGUUUGAGUAUUUAUCCCUGAUUUAUCCAGCCUUACGUGAGCCAGAUGAGGCUUGCCUGUGUCCAGUAGUAAAUGUUUCCGUAAAUUAAUGUAACAUUAUACUUUUCAUAAAUUCACCUCCCAAGUUUCAACAGCUUAUCAGUGCUGGAUAUUUGCUAGUUUCCAAAGUGCUUUAACCUUAUCUUCCUUCUUUUUUAGGGCUCAGCCAGCCUCCAGAAAACUCUGGAUAGAACCCGUCAAAAAAUCAGAAUUGCACAGUUCACCCAACAGCAGCUUAAGAAUGACUCGGAGUGCAAGCUUUCGGGACAACGCUUAGAUCAAGCCGCAGCAAGACUGCGAGACCGGAGUGCGAAGAAACGCCAAUAGAGAUUGUGCUACCAAUAAAUACAUACCUGGGUGCACAUUGCAUGAUCAUUUCUUUUACAGAAAAUGUAUGCUCGGUAUUUCUCUCGAAUAUGAUAGACAAAUCAUACAUUUCAACAUUACUGAUAUAGAAAAAGGGUUUAUAACGGAAAUCAAAACACGCUACAUUAACUUUACUUGUAUAUGGACAUUUUUAAUUGUACAAAUCAUGUGGAUAAGUUAACAUUCAGGUAGAUAUAAAUACUUUAAUUGACAUAAUGUGCCGAUGAAUUGCCUGUAUACUUACCUGAAGAUUACUCCCUGCACACGUGUUACACACAUAGCAUGGUGCCCUGGACUCAAAAUCCAAACCCAACUCACCAUAUCCCAUACUAUUUAGCGUACGGGUACCACUCAUAGUAACCUUAGAUGUAGGAAGGUCAGUUUAACACGGUGCUAAAUACAUUUUCACCUAUGCAUUUGUUAGCUCAAGGUAUAGAUGAAAUUACAUUUUUGUAAUGACUGUAAGUCUAAUUACAGGUGCACUUUAAGUAUUUCAUGUGACUGGUUUGGCUUCCAUGUUCCCACUGCUGCUUACAGUAUCAUUUUACUAGCUGUUAACUAGUUUACUGAGUUAUUGUGAAAUAGCACAUGAGCACGAGUAGAGUCCGUUAUGCGGGGAGUGUGGCACUUAGUGGGCAGAGCCUUUCUAUAGGCCAAUGUAGACAAAUGUAACAUCACACCACCUCUACAUUAGGUCCCUUUUAAGGCUGACUGAAAUUACACUAGUAAUGAAAAUAAGUGAUUGGCAAAUGUUUUCUGUGUUCUGGCAAACUAUUAUGGCAUACAAAAAAACACACCCCUACAGGACGAACAGAGCCUCUACAUACACUAUACUGUCACUUGCUAGCCAUUAACAGAUAUUUCAGCAUUGUAGAUUUCAAUCCUAUUUUUUUCUCCCAAGUCCUGUUGAAUCUGAACACUGUAGGCCAGUAUUACAACAUGCAGUCAUUAUGAUACAUUUCUUAAUUCAAAUGUACAAGGAAAGUCUUCUUUUUACAGAAGGUGGGCAAGAUUACAAUUGGAAACAAGUACAAUAAAAAAAAACCUCUGUUAG